AUGGCGUGGCCCUGCAUCAGUCGUCUGUGCUGCCUGGCCCGGCGCUGGAACCAGCUGGACCGCUCGGACGUAGCGGUGCCGCUGACUCUGCACGGCUACUCGGACCCCGGGAGCGAGGGGCCGGCCGCGGACUGCACCGCCUCGCGUGGGAGCCCGUCUGUCGCAGGCGCGCGGGAGCCCAGUCGCGCCGUGCCGCUCACCCAGUACCAGCGCGACUUCGGCGUGCGAACCGCGCGCGCGGGGACCCGGGAUGAGCGCGUGCCCGGGUCGGGCGGCCGCAGGGGCCAGUCUUCGGCGACCCCCGCCCGGGCGGUCUACGUACUACCCGUCGGGGACGCGGACGCAGCUGCUGUAGCGACCACGUCUUAUAGGCAGGAAUUCCAAGCUUGGACUGGAGUGAAGCCCUCAAGAUCCACAAAGGCCAGAUCGGCCAGAGUCAUCACAACACACAGCUCUGGCUGGGACCCCAAUCCUGGGGCCAAGUUCCAGGUUCCAGAAGUGAGAAAAUUCACACCCAACCCCUCAGCCAUCUUUCAGACAUCGGCUCCCCGGACUCUCAAUAUGUGACCAGUGGAAACCAGUGGAAACCGUGGCUGCUGGGAAAGCUGCGGCCCUCCAGAAGGGGAACUGGCUUGGUCCUUCGCUGACUGGAGCAGCAUGGCUGCCGACUCUGCCUGUGGUGUGGAGUGGAGGCAGACGGCACACCGGCAGAACACCACCAGCUGCACACAGCCUCUUCGUGUGUGGGGAAAACUUGAUCUUUUAAAUUGCCAUUUGGCACCUUUCAAUUUUUAAAUAUGAGGUUCAAUUCAGCUGUGACCUGAACUGCUCCAGACUGAAAAGUAUGCAUAUAUCAAGUCCUUGGUAGACCAGUUACCAACUUUGGGUGGUUUUUCCAAGAUGCAUGUUAACUUAUUUGAUAGCCUAUGGUAGUCCCAGGCAGUUUUCUCAUCUCUUUCUACAGUGCCCCACAUGCUUACAUUAAGAAAUCUUAGCCAGGCAGUGGUGGCACAUAUCUUUAAUCCCAGUGGAGACAGAGGUAGGGAGAGCUCUGUGAUCUUGAGGCCAGCCUGGUCUACAGAGUGAAUCCCAGGACAGUCAGGGCUACACAGAGAAAACUUGUCUCAAAACACAUACACACAUGGGGUAAAAAAAAAAAAAAAAUCAACCUUAGGUUAUCAGGAGGUAAGAGGAUCUCUAUGAGCUCAAUGCCAGCCUGGUCUACAUAGCAAGUUCUGGGAGGGCCGGGGCUACAUAGAGGGGCUGUGUUUCAAAAGAACAAUAACAAUAUCUUAAGUUCUUAAAAAAUACACAUGACCACCUGCAUAUGAGUCUCAUGGUGGUAAUAUAUAUACCCAGGCAGAAAUUUCAUUUAUUUCAAUAUAUAACACAGAGAUGGAAAUAUAUCUGUAUAUAUAUGAAAUACACACAGUGGUGAAAUACAUCCAGGGAGAAGAUCAUCCACACGGUUUCACUUUUCAGAUGUAAUUUUUCUAGCCAAGAUGAUCACGUUUCCAGGAUGAGUGAAAUGUUGAAAGCAUGAAUGCCAUUCGCCCCGUAUUUCUAGAGGCUGAGCCCCGUCCUACUAAUUUCAUCUGUCUCCCCUCAACUCAAGGACUAGAAGGGACUACCAUGCACAUGUGUGAGGAGCUGGGAGCAUGUCUGGAAGCAUCCCCUACAGGCACCUUGACCAGCCUGCUGACUCCUCAACUUUGGUUAGGUACUCACUACCCCAUUGUGGGGAACAACUUCUGCCUUUGGAAAACUCGUCUUCAUAGGUUUCAGUCAGACUGGCUGUGUGGAACAAGCCCAGUCUCCUUUGCACAACCAUCUCUCGAACACUAGAAAAAGACGAUGUCUCAAAGGCUUGGCAGUGUUUGGUAAGAACUGUAAGGGUUUCCUUCAAAAGUCAAGGCAGGGGAGGCAGCUCAGGCCUCCCACACAGCAUCCCCUGCCUCCCUCUUGCCAGCCCAGGAAAUGCUGAGUCAUUCUGAAGGGAAAAUUGAAACCAUAUGCAUAUACCAAAGGCCCCAUUACUCUAGAUUUGUCAGUUUGCAUGCUCAGUGUACCCGAGAGGGAAGAGACUGCCUGCUGGGUAGCUAAAUGUAGGCAAUGAGCAGAUUAACAGUUUACUAAAAUGCAAAAAUGUGCUGGACUUAAGUUAUAAAUUCAAGUAUAUUUUUUCCCAAUCAUCUGGUCUCUCAAUAACGACUUUAAUGUAGUGCGACUAUGCUAAUAUCCUUGACAAUUAGAAACCCUUCUUCUGAGGCUGUAGUUGACUCGUGUUGCAUGUGGUACAUACCUUCAUCCCACUUCAGCUCUUGCACCCGUAAGUGGGAAAAGGGACCAUCUGUGCCACUGCUGCUUCCGCACUAGCUGGGACAACGGGAGCUUCCAUUUCUGCAUCUGAAAGUGAGGUUGCUACUGCCUACACCUUGCCUGGCUUGCUAGAAAUAUCCAAUUCUUAGCACAGUCAAGUCAGCCAAGCAUAGGUCCUGAAUUGUCCUUUCCUGCUUAACUCUCUUCCAGGUGCUUCUUGGUCCCAACUAAGAGCCUCUGGCUGUACUCUGCCAGUGACCAUAUGCCAUGCCCAGCAACCCCCACCCCCCACCCCCCGCAUUCAUCCUCUUGGUGUGAAAUGCACAGCCCUGCUGCAUUUGGCAAGUAUAAAACACACUUGUCUCUUUCUGACACUGUAGCACUGCAGUGGCCAUGGAGUGAGGUUGACCUCUGCUAGGUCACAGGUUGUUUAGAACCUCAGCAAUGUGCCACAUAGCUCUGCCCACCAGCCCUCCUCAUUCCAGAUGGGAAUUAAAACACAAAGCUCCAUGGGCAACCCAAGAAGCAACUAAGACCAGUAUCAGUCAUGUUCUCUUAGUCCUGAGUCCAUCUCAUACACACAAUGUGCACAAAGACCAGCGAGAUGCACUGGAGGAUCAGCAGGGAUCAUCUCUGACGAGUAUGUGUGUGUUUCACUCUGUGCAGGUAUGUCAGUGUGUUCCUGUAUGUGCAGGGUACACAUAUUGAGAACAGGACACCCAAAGUGUUUUUCAGGUAUCUUUCCCUUUUCUCAUUAGUCUCGAGGUCACCAAGUAAGCUAGGCUGGGUCUAUAGCAGGCCUCAAGGGAUCUGCCUCUCUCUGUCUCUCUAGCAUUGAGAUUCUAAGUGUGCACCACCAUGCCUACCUUUUCUAUGUGGGUUCUAGUGACUGAACUCAGGUACUGCACACACUUCAUCAACUGAGCCACCUCUCCAGUCCUAAUUUUUAAAAAUACUUUAUCAUACCUAAAAUUACUAUAAAAUUUAAUGAUUUUUAUAUUCUGUAAGUUUUUGAAAAAUAAAGAGCAGUUUAAUCUGAGCAAAGAGUGUUCGAUAUUAAUUAUCCCAUAACCACAGUGAGCAAUUUGAAAACGGCCUCAAUCAGCUGUCUGGACAUUAUGGGGCCGACUAAACCCAAAGUCCUCAGAGUUCUUUCACACGCUCUUCCCUCACUGUGCUGUACAGGACAGAACUCCAAGACUCCAGGCUUCUGUUGGAUGGAAUAUGCCACUCACCUGAGAACCAGGGAGGGGCUGUCAGCACCCACCCUGACCUAUGCCCCAGCUAACCUUAGUCUCUGGGGUUCUGCUUUUUCACUGGCUCUCUGUGAAGUUGCUUCCCAGCAGGCUACCUCUGUGGACUGUAUUCCUCAGCCUCCUUGUAGAAAUUCCCUUCAAAAGCCACAGAUUUCAGAGCCUUUAGGUUUGUAGUGUCUUCACCUUUCCGCAAUUUUUUAAAAGCCACAACACCAGAUGACAAUAAAAGGACCGUCACAGGAGUGGCUUUCAGACCUCAGCACAGACCAACUUUAACUCAGCAGAUAAACCAGUUUAUUUAUUUGACUGUCUCUGCUUUUUUUUUUUUUUUUGUGAAAUUGAACCCAUUUAUGAAUCUUCCUUAAAUUGCUUGUAUGAAAUAAUUAUGUCCAUGGUCACCAAACAAAGUGUUUUCUGUUUUGUAUGUGACCCAAAUGUAUCUGUGGUCCUUUU